UCAAGAGGAACAUUUCAGAUACCUCCUCCGUCAUUUCGUUUAGGACAAAACACGCCGCUUUUGCCCUUUGUUGGAUUGGAUUCGUCAUACAGAUAUUACCAUUACAUGCAGUACAGUUUUUUUUUCUGUCCGUAUGAAGCACAAUGUCAGAUAUCUGUUACGUCAUGUCGCUUAAGACAAAAUACGUCACUUUAGCACUUUGUACUGUAUUAGGGAUAUAUGGAAUGAAGUUCUCCAGAUCAUUUGCGCCUCAUGCGAUUGCAGAUUUUCCCUUAAAAUAUUGAAUGCAUCACACCCAGUGACAGUGAGAUGCUUUCGGGAAUUAGCAAUAGCAUCAAGCCAAGAGUAGCAUUACGGACACUCAGCGACACACUUAUCUGCACGAAUUGGACAAAAAACAAGUGAGCGGGUAAGCCAUUGCCAUGACGACGCUAGACGACAAGCUCCUUGGAGAGAAGCUGCAGUACUACUACAGCAGCAGCGAGGAUGAAGGCAGCGAUAACGAGGAUGAUGAGAGGGAAUCCAAAACCAUCCGAGAUGGUGCCGCCAACAUGCCUGAGCUUGACUAUAGCGCGGACGGAAGUGCGGUCAACACAGGACCAAAGGGUGUGAUCAAUGACUGGAGGAAGUACAAGCAGCUGGAGGUGGAGCAGAAACAGGAACAGAAGAAGGAAAUGGAGCGCCUGAUCAAGAAGCUGUCCAUGACAUGUCGCUCCGACCUUGACCUGGAAAACGACAAACAGAAGCAGAAGGAGCUGCAGGACAAAAUCAAAGGCAAAAUGACCAUGCAGGAGUACAACAUGCUCCGGCAGGAAGAGGACGACGAGGACUUCCUGCAGCAUUACCGCGCGCAACGCAUAGAGGAGAUGCGACGGCAGCUGUGCCGCGGCAAGCGCUUUGAGCGCGUCCAGGAACUUGCCGGCGGCGAGGACUUCUUGGAGGCGUUGGACGAGGAGGACAAGAACACACCGGUCAUGAUCCACAUCUACGAGCCCGACGUGCCCGGCUGCGAGGCCAUGAGCGGCAGCCUGGUGUGCCUGGCGCGCGAGUACCCGCUGGUGAAAUUCUGCAGCGUGCGCAGCUCGACCAUCGGCACCAGCCCGCUCUUCCGGGACGGCGCUCUGCCCGCCCUGCUGGUCUACAAAGGCGGCGAGCUCAUCGGCAACUUUGUGCGGAUCACCGACCAGCUAGGCGAGGACUUCUUCGCCGUGGACGUGGAGGCGCUGCUGCAGGAGUACGGCAUGCUGCCCGAUAAGGCGAGCGCCGUGGCUAAGACGGUCCGCAACGGCGCCAUUGUUCAGAGCAACCUCAGCGACGACGAUUCUGACCUCGACAUAGACUAGAGUGCUUUCUGGCUGAUAUUCUGCAUCCUCUAUUUUUUCCUUUGUAAAUACACACAUUUUCCCCUCAUAUCCCAUGUUUUCUUUUCCUAAAAUUUCUCGUAAAAUUAAUAACUUAGUCAAUAUUAAGAAA